AUGGAAGAGACACCUGGCUCUGAAGGAGAACAUGAAAACACCGAACAGGUAGCAAUGUUUGACGAUGUACCCGAGACACCGGCGAAUUUGGAGCCAGAUGACUCGUUGAAAGACGACUUGUCUCUGGGCGCUCCAGGCGCUCCAACACGUUUGGAUGAGGAGGCCGGGUCAGUCGCUGCAUCUCUCCAAGCACCUCUAGUUAGCGCCACACUGCCUGAUUGGAACCCAUAUCCUUCGCAGACGGGCAUUACUGCUGCUGCUGCUGCUGCUGAGACGACAAUCAACGAAUCAGAACCACCUUCACCAGAUACAUCGUCUGUUGUUGGAGAUGAUGAAUCCGCAGUGCCAGAAACAAUGGCAGAUGUGACGAGUGAGAAGCUACCCGUUGAUGAAGCGCUGCCGCAAGAACUGACGAAAGAUAAUGAGCCAAUCUCACAGGAUGGCACCGACAUAGACAGCACAGCUGAGCAAAAUGAAGCAGUAGAACUUGGUCUCGAGUCUGACAUGCAGAACCUUCUUGAGUCAGCGGUUGAUGUCGAGUCAGAAACGGAACCGCAAGAGCUGCAGUCAGGACCAUCUGUUCGACCCAUUGAUACAGCUGACGAAGAUACUGAAACCGAAAGCCAGUAUCGAAGCCUAGACAAUAGCAUCCUGGACGUAUCUUGGGAAUUGGAGGCUGAUGUGGGUACAAGAGGAGAUACCCUUCCUGUCGAGUCUGGGUUUGCAACUGAUGAGUUAGCAGCAGCCGAAGAAGAGGAAGCAUCCAUCUUGCCGCAACACGAGGCUGGAGCAAGCAUAUUUGGGCGCGUCCUGGCCGAGGAGGAAGUGUUCAGUCAGAGCACUGUCCUGGACGUUGCUGAAGAGUCAGAAGCUUUUGUGGAUGCUGCCUUGCUUCAGGAGGAAUCACUGGACCCUCGUAUUGAAAAAGCAACAGAAGAACAGACAGAUGCGCAGCAAUACCAGGGUGGGAUGUUCACAGGUGGGUCAGGGAACCACGAGAGCACGGAACAACUUGAAUAUCAAGGUAGUGACGGUGCUUCUGAACCACCUGAGGCAGCAGAGGCUAUGUCGCAAGGCCUUUUUCUGGAAGAUCUGCCAGAAAGCGAGGCGUCGUCUAAAAAGCCGAGAGUAAGACGUCAAAGCUCCGAACCUCCAGAAAAAGCCAGACAGGCAUUCAUCCAACCUCUGCAGUCGGAUGUUGGGAGUCCGGGUCGAGUCUCGGUCGCAUUCAUGAACGAUCCUCUAAGUACUGCUCGCCCAGGGUCACCGUAUGAAGAGACGCUAGCCAAAGCUGAAGCGUUGGCUCGGGAAAGCGUUCGACAAGGCCAGAUCGAGAGAGAAUCAUCGCACCCGGGAUACUAUUCACAGCCAGCAACCGAAGCGGAAUCACAGCCAUUCAACGAAGAACUGCAAGAUGAACCGAGUGCAGACAACUGGAACGCGGAAACUAGCUCUAAUAUGGAAUCCGAUGGCAUAUUGUACGAUCAAAGUGGGCCAGCCCAAGACCAUGAUAGCAAAACGGGCCGAGUUGUCAUUGAAGAACCUCCGGAACAACACAUCCAACCGGCACAAGAACCCAAACCCCCAGUUUUUGGAGUACUUCCUGACCAACCGCUUGGAAGUCAACCGCCACAACAAAGACCGCCACCGCAAAGGUACGCUCGAUGGGGUGGUAAUAAGUAA